ACUUUUUAAUUUUGUGUUUAUGGUCAGUUAUAUUUCUAAGUAUAUAUUCUAUAUUUCAAGUUUCAUGCACUUGAUAUAAUUGGCUUUUAUUGAGAAAGCUAUGCAGACUAAGUCCCAAAUAUGGAUUCGCUAAAAGUGCACCAAAACAGCUACAAAAACUCCAAAAGCUGGACAGAUGACUUGCCAGUAUGUAAAAACUCUGGUAUGGGGUACUCCAUCAACCAAAUUUACCGGGAAGAUGGACACCCACAGGAGGAACACUGUUAUGAAGAUUUCAGUUCCCACUAUAAAUUUGCUGAAGACUUCUACUGGUACUCGGUAUUUGAUGGCCAUGAAGGCAAAAGAGCUACAGACUUCUGUUCUCAACGGAUGACUGCGGAAAUCUGCUUUUCACAAAUCAAUCAGAAGGAUUCAGACGAAGAGGUACGAGAGCUAUUGAGGCAAGCAUUCAUGACUGUAGAACUGGGCUACAUGGAAUCUCUAGAUGAUCUUAUUGCUGAGAGAACCAGUUUGCAUUAUGAUAUUCCUGAGGGCCUCGCACCACAUGAAGCUUAUCAAAAGGUGCCUCACAUAAUGGAUCGAAUUAAAGCCCUAAAUGCAGAACUAUCCUCAGGUACGGCAGCUGCUGUAGCUUUAAUUUGCAAAAACAAACUGUAUGUAGCAAACGUGGGCAAUUGCAGAGUCUUACUAUGCCAAACUGACACCAACAAUGUACUUAAGGUGGUACAACUCAGCAUUGACCAUGAUUUAAAAAAUGAGGAUGAAUUACUGAGGCUAUCCCAGAUUGGACUUAAUGUGAAUCAGCUCAGAAAAAGUUCUAGGUUGGGAAACCAAGAAAACACUCGCUGUCUAGGCAACUAUGCGAUCAAAGGGGGCUACAAAGACUUUGAAGACCUUGCAGGGGCCUCACAGGAGCCGGUCAUUGCAGAACCAGACAUCCAUGGGGGAAUUUAUUUGGACGAGAGUUGCCGAUUUUUACUUCUCAUGACUGCUGGCUUGUAUAAAUCUGUUGAGGAAGCCAUUGGUCCUGAGCAAGUGAACCAAUAUAUUGCUCAAUGUGUUGUAGAGCAAUUUAGAGAGCAAGGAACACUAGUGACGGUAGCACAAGCUGUUGUAGACAAAGUGGUACGUCUACACCACGACUGGUACAUGUCAAACUCCAUUAACCAAUCAUGUCCCCCAAAACGCGAGGAUAUAACUUUAGUGCUCAGAAAUUUCAAUUUCCCCAUGCCGAAUGCGUUAAAAUCGCCCACCAAACCGACGGUGCAAUUCAAUCCUAUUGUGGUGGCAGCAGAAUUAUCUAGUAGUAACAAUUCUUCUUCUCAUGGUACCAUAGUCAAUAAUGUGGACACUAAUAGUACCGUUAGUAGAACGAAUACCACAAGCAGUUCAGAGGCAAAGGCUGAGAUUGACGAUGAUAUUGGGACAGAUCAGAAAAUCGCCGCUUAUGUAGAUUUUGGGGAUUUUUAUGCGAAUUUCGAGAUUGCAAGAAGGAAUGGUACUUUACCAAGUGGUUUAGAAUAGCAGCCUUUAUGUGCUUAUUUAUUGUAAUAUAUAGAACAUUAAGUUUUUAUUUGCCUAGUGGUUUGUCCAUUCUGUCCACCAAGACAUGAGAAUAUUAGAGCAUCCCAAAAUGA